AUGUACACCGUCGUCCCAGCUCAGUGUGAAUUUAAAGAUGAGCACCAGAGGGAGCUAUCAUCUCACAAAGAUGUGGAGAACAUUGAUGGGCCUUCUAGGCAGUUUUAUGAGUCCUUUCCAAGGGAAAGUGGGAUGCUAUAUAUACAAAUACUAAUUCAUCCUAAAACACUUUUAAACUUCUCAUCUACGGAAAAAAGUUUACUAACUUUUUGUUAUCUUUUCUUCCUUGUUCAAGUUAACAUUUUAACUGCCGCUGCACUUUCCCGUCUUGCUGCUCGUACCCAGAAGUCCUCGUACUGCUACCUCUUGGCCCUCACCGCUUCUGACAUCCUGACUCAGGUCUUUGUGGUCUUUGCUGGCUUCAUCGUGCAGGCAGCCAUCUUGGCCCGCGAAGUGCCAGGUGCCUUUGCCCAUGCAGUCAACAUCUUGCAGUUCACGGCCAAUCACGCCUCCAUCUGGGUGACGGUACUGUUGACUAUGGACCGUUAUGUGGCCCUUUGCCAUCCCCUGCAGUACAGGGCUGUCUCCUACCCAGAACGCACCCAGAAGAUAAUUGCUGCCGUGUUUGCAGUCUCAUUGGCUACUGGGGUUCCUUUCUACUGGUGGCUGGAUGUUUGGCAUGAUGUCUACCCGCCCAGCACUAUGGACAAAGUCCUGAAGUGGCUUCAUUGCUUCAUCAUCUACUUCAUUCCCUGCACUGUCUUUCUGAUGACAAACUCUGUUAUCAUCUGCAAGCUCAAGCGAUCAGGAAAUUGCAACCGCCGUCUCAGCAGAACCACAGCCAUUUUGCUGGCUGUCACCACUGUCUUCAUUGUCCUCUGGGCUCCACGGACAUUUGUCAUCAUCUACCACCUCUACGUGGCAUCAGUCAAUCAGGACUGGCGAGUACACCUGGCCUUGGAUGUGGCCAACAUGGUAGCCAUGCUCAAUACCUCCAUCAACUUCUUCCUUUACUGCUUUGUCAGCAAGACUUUCCGGCGUACUGUCCGUGAAGUGCUCAUCUCUUACAGGUUCCAAUGUACUCAACGAUCAAAGAAGGACACUGCUUUCGAAUUGACUCUGAAACCCCUGGGGGUCUGGGCUGGGACUUCAGUUUAGGGAGAUGAUCAUCAUCCUUCUGCAAACAGCCCUACUUUUGCUGAAUGUGGAUUCCGUGGGCCUUCCGUGGUGCAGCAAGAUGAUGGAGAAUAAGGACUUCCUUUGUGUCCCUGAGUUCCUUCAAAAAAAGGGGGGAGGAGGUAGUGAAGUAGCUUCAUUCAGAGAUGCUUUGUUUUCAUUUUUUAUUUUUAAGUAAUGAAUUGUUUGGGGAAGAGAGGAAGGAGGGAA